AUGGCUGUCGCGUCAAUCCAGGACCGGACUCUGGAGUUCAAGUCGGUUCUGGCGCAAGCGCAGAAGCGCCAGAAUGCGAACAAAGUCGGGUCGCAGAGGCGUUCGCUUCUGACUGAUGCACAGAAGGCCGCCGCAGAUGGGUCCGCACACCCCAAGAGGUCGGAUUUUGCGAGGAAGGCUGCCGACAUUGGUCGAGGCAUCUCUGCCACCAUGGGGAGACUUGAGAAGCUAGCACAACUCGCCAAGCGACGGACCAUGUUCGACGACCGGCCGGUGGAAAUCAACGAGCUCACUUUUGUCAUCAAGCAAGACCUUUCGGCCCUGAAUCAGCAGAUUGGACACUUGCAAACCUUGUCGAAACAGCAGCAUCCCAAAGCGGACCAAGAAGGCGAGCACAACAAGAACGUCGUGUACCUGCUGCAAGGCAAGCUCACCGACGUCUCGGCCAACUUCAAGGACGUGCUGGAGGAGCGGACCAAGAACAUCCAAGCAUCAAGGUCGCGAACCGAAAACUUCAUCUCGUCCGUCUCGCAGCAUGCGCAGCCCUCUAUCCAAAAGUCGGCGUCACCGCUGUACGGCACGCCCAAUAGGUCCUCGCCGGCCCCCGCGUCCGACACGCUCUCGCUGAACCCAGUCGGCGACCAGCAACUCUUGAUGAUGGAAGAGGCGCAGCCUGCAAAUGUGUACAUUCAACAGAGAGGAGAGGCCAUUGAGACGAUUGAGUCGACGAUCAACGAACUCGGGAGCAUCUUUGGGCAGCUGGCAACCAUGGUGUCGGAACAAAGCGAGAUGAUUGAGCGAAUCGACGCCAACACAGAAGACGUCGUGGACAACGUCGAGGGGGCUCAGAGGGAACUUUUAAAGUAUUGGUCCCGUGUGUCGAGCAACCGAUGGUUAAUAGCCAAGAUGUUUGGCGUGCUGAUGAUUUUCUUCCUUCUCUGGGUUUUGGUCUCGGGCUGA